UCAAAUACAAUUCAGCAGUCGCAUCGAGCAGACGUUUAGCGCAUGAGACGAAAGUUCUCCAUUAAGAAACCAAAAAACAAAAUAAAGGAAGAGACAAAAAGUCGUGUUGAAUUGCAUAUGAAGUGCAUUUUUGAAUCGCGCGUUCAAGAACGGAGAAGCAAACGAUAAAGAACGUAUGCGCACACAAAUUGAAUUCGAAAUCGAAACGUCUGGAAUAACGAGACGAAUUUUGUGAUUGGAAAUCAGCAUAAUUUUGUCUGUUUGUUUUUUGUUUUUGUGAGCAUUUGAGCUGUGUUCAUUUUUUUUUUCGUGCGUGCCAACUAAAGAAGAACAGCAACGAAAUGGCUUUUAUGAUGCCAGUUAUGAAGAACAACUAUGAUAUCUAUAAGGAUACGCGUGCCCGCUCCCGCAAAACAUCCGAAUGCUCAAACGUGAGCAGCGGCAACGGCACCUCAGCGUUGGCCAGCGCCCUUGGAACGCCGGGCCAGCCGUCGCAGCAGCAGCAACGUCGCCGCAAGGUGUCCGAAUGUAAGUCGGAGAGUUUUGCAACGUCACCGUCGCACGGUCAGCUGGGCGCACAUCGCAUGCAGAUGCAGCGCUGUCACAGUUCGCGCGGCUUCAGCCGCAACACUUCGCGCAGCUCCCACGGCGGCUCCAUGAUGCAAAUGUCGCAGGCAAUGAUGUCGCCGACGCGGUCGAGUCCGCCCAGCCGCACACAGACAGCAUCGGCACUGGAACGACAGGCGGCAGCGCAGGCCGCCGCACAGGCAGCAGCAGCAGCGGCGGCGGCGGCGACAGCGCAGCAGGAGCAGCGCUCAGCUGAGCAGAGCAACGAUUAUACGAAGUUCCAUAUGCGUUUGGUCGACAAGCUCCGCAAGUCCUUUCGCAAGGAUAGCAGCAAGCGAUCAUGAGAACACGUCACACACACAAACAGCAACAGCAGCAGCAGCAACCACCACAACAACAACAACAACCACAAUGGCAGCGUCGGCGGCAACAACAACAACAUUAAUGGCUGGCAGGCUGACGACGACACUGGCAGCAUACAAGCAACGCCGCAGUCGCUGCCAACGCAGAGUUCCAGUGUGGUCAGCCGCUUGGGUCGACGCUUUAAACGCUGCUGCAAAGCGUUCAGCGCAGCCGCCGUCGUUGCCAGCGGCACAGCUGCGCCUGAGCUCGACUUUAACAAUGGCAUCGGUGGCGACGGCGGUAGCGCUGAGCAUCUAACCGCUGGCAGUCCGUACGCCAUACGACGCUUUCGACGUCGCUGCAGCAGCGGCAGCAGCAUGAAUCGCCUGAAGCUGCGACUGCGCCGAUCCACCUCGUCACCGGGCUAAACACAGCGCAGCGGCAGAGAACUUCGCUUGCAUAUGGGAUAUGUAUGGGAUACAAAAGAAAUUCGAAAACGAUAUUCGAAUAUUCGAAUUCGAAUGCUGGAAGGGCUACGAAAGCAGCUGAAUGACAGCGACUGCACACGCAGCGUUGAUGUUGCGUGUGCCGCAAUCUGAGAGACGGCAAGCGCAAGGGCGAGCGCAAGCGUUGACAGAGCGUGGGCAGAGCGUCAAAUAACGGCCGUGGCGAGCGUGAACGUACACUGAAACAGGUAGCAAGGACGCGAGGAGGUGGCAUGUGGAAAACAAGUUGCCAGCUGUUUGCAAAUUCUUUUUUGAAACUACUUUUUUUUUUCUCGUUUAAAUUU